AUGGGUAUCAUGGAUUUCAGUGCAGGACCGUUGUGCUGCCUGUGGCUUCUUGCGUUUUCCGCAACCUCUGUAGAUGCUGUUGGACCAAGUGACACGGCUGUCUUACGCGGUGGUUCAGCCACUCUGACGUGUAGCAACCCUGCGCACACUUCAACAGAUUCUGGUCUUGCUUUUUGGGCAGAGAGUGGAACACCAUUCGGUACUCAUGGAGGAAUUUACACAGGAACAGCCUUUGCUAAAUACACUAAUUUUGGCAUAGUGUCGAAUGAGUUUCCCCAGAUGGACCUUACAGUCAGCAAUACUCAGGUUGAAGAUGAAGGAACAUACAUAUGCAGCAUGACAGUAGAACAAGGAUCAGCAACAUUGACUGUUGAAAUUGAAGGCAAUGAGCCUACCAUCACACUGAACAGUGAUCCAUCAGUGACUCCUAUCAGACUGACAGCACGAGAGCCAAGUGUACUGAGAUGCACAGCGAGCAGCUUCAGACCUGCAGUCAAUCUAGAAUGGUACAAAGAUGACGUCAAGAUCACAGCAGGUAUCACUGAGGAUACACCCACUCCUAAUGGAGAUACUUUCACUACAUCAGGCACUUGGACAUUUACUCCAAAUAUUCCAGACGAUGGAGAUCGCCUUGAAUGCCGCACAACAGGACAGGUGGUCGCCACGGCAAAAACAGGAGGGCUCACUCUCAAUGUACAAUAUGUACCUGAUGUCACAGUGGGCUACAGCGGUGGUCAGAUAACCUGCUCAUCAGAUGCCAACCCACUGGCCACAACCCAUCAGAUAAUUCGGAAUGGCACCGACAUUCUGAAGACAUUCACCAACAGUCCAGGAUAUGUAGUAUUCACACCAAAGUAUUGCGCUGAAAUCAGUUGUAACGCUACAAACACAAUUGGAACAGGAACAGGCACGUUUGCUCAGCAGAUAUGCCCAGGUAGGUCUACGUAG